AUGGCGCCAUCGAAAUAUGUUGAACGUCUGGACCUCCUGCAGACAGAAGCCCUAACCUCAACUGCGGACAAGAUCGAUCUUCUUGACACGCUGGACCUUUGUGAAGAGUUCAACAAAGAGGAGAGUCGGGUAGGGAGUGCUGUCGCGUGCUGUCUACCCGAUAUUGCAUCAUUGAUUGAUGAUUUGGCUCCGCGACUCGGAGCUGGAGGCAGGCUCAUCUAUGUCGGAGCCGGCAAUAGCGGCCGAGUCGGGUUCAUGGACUGCAGUGAACUGCCAGUGACCUUUUCAGUCGACCCCCGGCAAUUUCUUACCAUUGUUGCAGGUGGUACUGAGGCCAUAAUUCAUGCCCAAGAAGGUGCUGAGGAUGUGGAGAGUGACGGGGCUCUGAGAAUGGAAGCCCUCCAACUCAAUGAGAAGGACACAGUGAUUGGCAUCUCCGCGUCGGGACGAACCCCAUUUGUUCUAGGAGCACUUCAAGUAGCUCUCAAACAUGAUGCCCUCACGGCGGGAAUUACGAACACGCAUCCGUCCAGAAUUGGCAAGCUCGGGGUCAAACACCUCAUAUGUCCUUUGGUUGGUCCUGAAUUUCUCACGGGCAGCACUAGACUCAAGGCAGGCAGCGCUGCUAAGCAGAUCCUCAAUAUGAUUAGCACCUGCUCUAUGGUAAAACUCGGAAAAACAUAUAAGGGUCUCAUGAUUGAUGUUCGGGUGAAUAACUGGAAGCUGAAGGCACGUGGGAGAAGAAUUGUGCGUCAGGUCUGCAAUGGAGCCCCGAUGCAUAUCAUAGAGGGAAACGGACUACCAUCGACACUGGCGGUUGACAUCCCUGAAACAGCUGAAGGCGAUGCGGUCAUUGACCAUCUCAUCUCGGAGUGUCAUGGCAGUGUCAAGCUAGCCUGCGCCGUGGCUAUCUCUGGAUAUCCUCCAGAUGUUUCCAGGCGGAUGCUUCAUGCUGCUGGCGAUAGCUUUCACAUUUUUGUUGAAGGAAUCAGAAGGGUUCCGCCAAAGCCCAUGUCCCUUCAGAGUGAGUCCGAUUACUGCCUUUGCGUGGACGGUGGUGGAACAAACUGCACUGUUUCGAUUGCAACACAGUCAACGGUUGUCGGUCAAGGGGUGGCUGGUCCCUGUAAUUUCAAUUCGGUUCCUUUAGAGGAGCUUAUGGAUCAAAUAAAGUUGGCCACAGACCGGGCAUCCUCGGUGGCCCUUGCGAGGCAGGGAUUUGGCCAUCCCAAUAUACUAAGAUUCUCAAAGGUCUGGGUAGGAUUAGCUGGGCUGUACCACGCGGACCAGAUUGCAACAUUGACCCAUCGUCUGGAGGACCUUUUUGGUGUUUCUAUAGAUCAAGGAACACUGCGCCUGACCAGUGAUGGUAUACUUCUUGGCUCUUGUAUUGCAAUGGAUGACUCGGUCGAAUGUGCAAUUUCCGUGAUCGCCGGAACAGGAUCUGUAGCAACUGCCUUCAAAAAGGGGCCUUCGAACGAGAUUGUCCAAGUCGGUCGGACAGGAGGCUGGGGGUAUCUAAUUGGGGACCAAGGGAGCGCUUUUGAUAUUGGAAAGAGAGCACUGCAGCUUGUUUUGUCUAGUGUGGAGCAAAAGCAGUUUCAAGCUACUCACGAGCUCUCGGAGUUCGAGAGGGCGAUCCUGGCAGAACUCAACUCUAACGAAGCAGGCGUCCUUAAAGACAUAUACCACUCGAAUUCGGGGCCUAAAGAGAAGAUAGGUGACUUGGCGAAGGUUGUCACAAAGUUAGGCUUCAGAGCACGGGAUCCCAAUCCUCAAGCGUUAGGGGUUCUAAUGUCUUCAGCCGGUACUUUGGUUCAGCAAGUCAAACCGCUGGCCGAGAUCUGUGAUCCCCAUAAAUGUGCCCUCAUUCUGUCGGGUGCAUUGAUGAACCUCCCGGCGUAUCAGGGCCUAAUCCUACGAGAAUGGGAUAAACAACAGCAGCUACCGUUUAAGAAGGUUCUAGUGAUUAAUGAUGCAUCAGGCUAUGCUGCUCAGUUUCUAGCUAGACAAAAUAUGACAACAGAGUAG